AUGGCGCAGGAGGGGGGCCUGAGGCUGGUGUCGCACCCGAUCGCGGCGCACGGAGGGCGGCUGACGCGGCAGUACUCGGCGGAGGGGCAGGGCGCGAAGAAGAACAUGUCGCCGCCGCUGGAGUGGUACGGUGUGCCCGAGGGCACGCGGUCGCUGGCGCUGCUGGUGCAGGACAUCGACGCCGACCCCGUCCUGCCGUGGACGCACUGGGUGGUGGCCAACAUCCCGCCCACCGCCAAGGGCCUCCCCGAGGGGUUCUCCGGCCGGGAGAGGGGCGCCGCCGCCCCACCGGGGCGCGACUACGGCGGCUUGCAGGAGGGCAUCAACGACUGGAAGCAGCCCGGGUGGCGCGGCCCCGUGCCGCCCUCCCAUGGCCACCGCAUCCAGUUCAAGCUCUACGCGCUCGACGACGAGUUGCACCUCGGCAACAAGGUGACCAGGGAUAAGCUCUUGGAGGCCAUCCAGGGGCACGUGCUGGAAGAAGCCGAGAUGGUCGCCGUGUUCCAAGGAGUCGUCUCCAACUAA